AUGUUACCGCUGUAUUUGCUUACUAACGCAAAGGGCCAACAAAUGCGUGUGGAAUUGAAAAAUGGGGAAAUAGUAGAAGGUAAACUAACUAACGUUGAUAAUUGGAUGAAUUUGACUUUAUCUAAUGUCAGUGAAUAUAAGAGUUCUGAUACAAUUGCUACUCCUCAAACUGAAGUUGUAAAAUCUACUGAGAUUUAUGUUAGAGGUACGUUUAUCAAAUAUAUUAAUCUACAGGAUGAUAUCAUUGACAUUGUAAAGCAACAAAUUAAUAAUAAUAUGAACAAUAGCAAUAGAGACAGAAAAUAUCAGAAUAAUAGAUAUCCUUCUAGUGGAAGUAGAGGUAAUUAUAGGAGAGAUGGUAAUUAUAGUGGUGGCAAUAGGAGAAAUUAUAACAACAACAAUCAAGGUAACCGUCGUUCCUACAACCAAUAUAAUAAUCAAAAUAAACCAAAUAGUAGUGCCAUGGGCGGUUAUGUUCAACAGCACACUGAAAACAAUGCAAACUAUAGACAUGAUGGUAGCCAUUCAAACCAAAAUGUAGAAUUCUAA